UGAGAGACUGUGGUGGGAGUUUGGAGGAGUGAUGGAAUGUAUUAGACUCCACAAUCUGCUGUGGUGUAAAUAUUUUCUCACUGCUGAGAAUCAGUUGGAUCUUUGGGACACUGUAGGGUUGAAAAGCAUGUUUGAAAAUCGUGGCAGGAAUUUCACUGUUAGAGGUUUUUAUUUAUACUGAGCCAACACUCUCGGAGCUGAGAUCAAGGAUUUUUUUCUUCUUUUUUUUUUUUUUUUAAACAAAAGCUGUCUCAUGCUGAUUUUUUAGUUUGAUAUCUGAGCUCCGACUGACUUGCUGUGGUACAUUUUGUGAAUCAGGAGUUGGAAAUGUUUCGCUUGUGAUUGGUGAAUGCAGUUUAUUUCCCAUUUAACAGGUGCUAAAUUUAUUCGCCAUGACUCUACAGGUGUUCUUUGUGUUGGUGUGUUCCUUUAACACCUCAGUCUCAAAGGUCUCCAAGUGAACUUUGUCACUACAGAUAGAGCGGCACAUGUUGUGGCUUUCCUUUUGAAUGCUGGAAAAGAAACCGGCUGCACAUUUGUUGCUACAAACUGUUUUUGGCAGGAAACUACAGAUUUGUGUAAAAUGGCAAAAUCAGAUUGGACUUGUAGUCUUUCUGCUAUAUGUGAAUGGGAGUCCCCAGAUUAUGAACCUUCUCUCCCUGUCUCAGAGAAGUCGAACCCUCUAACUCGUGACAUCGACCGAGCAUCAGCCAACAGCAUUGUGAAGAUGCUACAGGCCUGUGACGCUCAGAUGUUUCAAGAAGAAACAGGAUCAACCUACCAUAAGCUUUUGAGCGACCAAGUGGUGACAACAUUGAUGGAGGUUGCUAAAAGAGUGGAGCUCGUUCUGAAGGAUCCCGAGGACAGCCUUGUUAUACUGAGUGGUUGUGGCACUUCUGGUCGACUGGCUUUCCUCAUCACGUCAGGCUUCAACAGAGCGCUGAGGCAGCUGAACCAGAGUCCGGUUUAUUCAUACAUCAUUGCAGGAGGAGACAGAGCUCUCCUUUCCUCACAAGAAGCUCCCGAAGACGACCCCAAACUGGGAAUGCUCAGUCUGAAGAAGGUUUGCGAGGGAAAGAAGAGAGUCUUGUUCAUCGGCAUCUCGUGUGGAUUAUCUGCUCCAUUUGUGGCAGGACAGCUGGACUUUUGUUUGCAGCACCCUGAAGUCUACACUCCUGUACUGGUGGGCUUCAACCCUGCACAUCAGGCCAGGGAUGAACCUCUACCAGGCUGCACAUUCACAUUUCUCAGUGUGGUGCAAAGGAUGCAGGAGCUCGCCAAAAGCCACCAGGCCUUCCUCAUCAACCCAGCAGUCGGGCCAGAAGCCAUCAGUGGCUCCUCCAGGAUGAAGGGAGGCAGCGCUACCAAGAUUCUCCUGGAGGUCGUCUUAUCUGCCGCUCACGCUGCCGCUUUCUCACACACACCCGUCGCAUGCAACGGUAUUCUGCUGCACCUGAGAGCUUAUGAGAAAACUCUGGAUCUCACUUAUGCUCAGAGUGAGAUAAUCACUGAUCUGGUGGAAGCAGCAGGGGAGAGUUUGCGUUGUGGCAGGCGUGUGUGUUACCUCGGUUGGGGAUCUCUGGCUUUGUUGGGCCUCAUUGAUGCCAGUGAGUGUAACCCCACGUUUGGAGCAGAUUUCGAAGAUGUUCGAGGUUUCGUCAGUGGAGGAUACAGAGAGCUGAACAACAAAGAGGGACCCUUGACUGCACUGGGUCCUGAAUUUUGCAUAGCACAUGAGGAUUUCCUACAUCAGGUUCUUCCCCGUCUCACUGACAAGGACACUGUUCUACUCAUAUACACACACUCCGAUGAUGUCGGUAAAGUGGUGGAUUUGGCACGCAGGGUGAGAGAAAAGACGGCUAACCUCCAUGCUGUUUAUCAUCAGACUGACGAAGACACAUCAGCUGCUCUGCAACAAGAUGAAAUCAGUCGGCUGUGUUUAUCUACCCUAAAGAUUGCUUGGCUUCAGGGAGCAUCUGUUUCAGCGAGCUUACUACACAUGCAGUGGGAGCUGUCCACUAAGCUGGUGCUGAACGCUGUGAGCACCGGAGCUCACGUCUUAAAGGGGAAGAUAUACCAGAACCACAUGAUCGACGUGCAGGUCACCAACAGCAAACUGUACCGCAGAGCCACGCGUUUACUCCAGAAGCUAUCUGGUCGUCCGGAGUCACAGUGUGAAGAAGCUCUUUUGAAGACCAUCUACGGAGCAAAUAAACUGACUCUGGACAUGACAACCUCUGACGUCAUCACACACACAUGCACUGCCGUAACCAGGACCAAAGUGGUUCCUCUGGCUUUGGUCUGUUUGCUGACUGGCUGCUCUCUCAGGGAGGCGGAGUCUCAUUUGGAGCGACAGCCAGUUGUUCGGGAGGCGGUGGAGUUUUCUGGAAGUAAAAGCUUCAGGCCCAUGUGUCCACGUGAUGUAAGUCAACCUCAAUCCCCGUGUCCCGGCGUGGCUCAGCACACACACACACACACACACACACACACACACACACACACACACACACACACACACACACACACACACACAGAAAACACACUCACAGAGAGCCACUAA